AUGUCGUCCAUCGUCGUCCCCAUAUCUGCCCUCCCGCUGCCCCCACUGUCCCAACACCUCACGCGCAAUCUCACGCCCGACCCGGAAGCGACCUCUCCGGCGGACUUUCGCAGCCUCCUCGCAGAACGACCCAGCGUCCAGCGGCGCUCGCACUUGCUCGCAGACGACGCCCACUUCUCGUACGUCGCACCCUGUCCGCUGCCGUUCCCGUUCCAUAUCGCCGCGCCCGCCGACGGCGCACCCAUUCUCGAUCAAGCUGCGUAUGUCGAGAAGUGGCUUGCGGAACGCGAGCCCCAGCACGAGCGGCCAAAGGCGCCCUCGGCCGUUCCGGGCGCGCUGAGGAAGUACUAUCCGGAGAAGAGAGAUACCCCCCGCGUCCUCGUCGCGCUCUCGGAGCGUGCGUUGCGGGACUGCGUCCCGCAUUUGAGUGUGGGCGACGCGCUCGCGACCCUGGGGACACCUUCCCUGGUCAAGGCGUACGGCGACGAUGCCGUAUCCACUACAGCGUCGGACGAAGAUGUUGCGGCGCGCGAGGAACUGGUGGACGUGGUUAGCGGGCAGGCGGUGCUCAUGAAUACCGAGGGAGACCCAGAGAUGCACUGGGCGCCGUGGGCGCUGCGAUAUAGCGGGCACCAGUUUGGCCAGUGGGCGGGGCAAUUGGGGGAUGGCCGUGCAAUUUCUAUCUGUGAGUCGUCCCGAUUGUUUGUGCCUGCUCUGUCCGCAUCUGAUGCUGGCGCGACUGCAGUGGCAACGCCGCAUCCCGAGAAGCCAGAGCUGGUGUACGAGUUGCAGCUCAAGGGCGCAGGACGCACACCGUUCUCUCGCUUUGCGGACGGCCUUGCAGUGCUACGAUCUUCCAUACGCGAGUUCCUCUGUUCUGAAGGUGCGACUUCUGCUUGGGUCUCGUGGCCAUUCCUUGUGUUGAGCCAUGAUCUCGCUUUUACAGCUAUGCAUGCGCUGGGCAUCCCGACCUCCCGUGCCCUCACGCUCGUUUCGCUACCUGCAAUCCCUGUACAUCGCGAACGCACCGAGUCCGCGUGCAUUCUCACGCGUCUCGCGCCCUCGUUCAUUCGCAUCGGUUCAUUCGAAGCCCUCAAUCCGCCGGACAACAUCAGGUUUGUUGGAGGUGGGCAGCAGGAUGCCCACCUAGACGCUCUGCGAGUGCUGGGAGAAUUUGUCGGACGGAAUGUGUUACGACUGGAAGGGGUACGAUGGUCCGGUGGCGCAGGGAAUGAGCCCGGAGAGGCAUGGGGCAAGGAGCUAGUACUUGAGGUCGCACGCCGGAAUGGGAGAAUGGUAGCGGGGUGGCAGGCAUACGGGUUCAUGCAUGGCGUGAUAAAUACCGACAAUGUCUCAGUACUCGGACUCACGAUCGAUUAUGGUCCGUACGCAUUCAUGGACGUCUUCGACUCUUUCCGCAUAUGCAACCAUGAUGAUCACGAGGGACGGUAUUCAUAUAAGUUCCAACCUAAUGCUGUCGUCUUCGCGCUACGCGCUCUCGUGAACGCGCUCGCCCCCCUUAUCGGUGCCGAAGCAGAACUGGGGCACUCCGUCUCCCAAGGCUGGACGAAUGAUGUCUCCCCAGACAAGCUCAGCGAGUGGCGGAAGAAAGGCAUCGAACUCACCAAGGACGACAUGGAACGCGUUGCUCAACAGGCUUGCGCGGAUGAGUAUGGUCUCUUAAUGCACAAGCGUCUGGGCCUGCGUCGUCUAGAUUCGCGCGACGAGGCCCAGCUCUCGCGACCCCUCUUGGAUCUGAUGUAUGAGCACAAACUCGACUUCCACGGCACGUUCAGGCGUCUCGUGUUCUUCCGGCCUUCCGCGCCGGAUGGGGCCCGCGACGCGUUCAUUUCGAGCGUCCUCAAAUUAUGUGGUGAGCCGCAGAUAAUCAACCGAGAGAAAGCGACGAAGGAUCUAGGUGCAUGGCUGACGCGAUAUGCGGCACGCAUUGAGGAAGAGCGGGAGGAGUGGCUCUUAGGGCAAGGCGAAGAGGCAUUCGCGGAGCGGGAGCAUUCGAUGAAGACAGCGAAUCCCCGGUUUGUGCUGAGACAGUGGGUGCUAGAAGAGGUAAUUAGACACGUCGAGCAGGACGUUGACAGUGGUAAACGAUUGCUGGACAAGGUCCUUCAGAUGGCCUGCAAUCCGUUCGAUGCAUGGGGGGCGGAGGCCUUCGAGGGGGAUGAAUCAACGCUGGAUGCGGAAACACGUGAAGAGAGACGGUACUGCAGUUUGGGCGAUAGGAAGUUCUUGGGCUUUCAGUGUAGCUGUUCAAGUUGA